AUGUCGUCCAAAAUUCUCAUUCUUGACGGUGGUCUCGGUACCUCUCUCGAGUCCAAGUACUCUAUCACUUUCUCCCGUUCAACGCCGCUCUGGUCGUCUCAUUUGCUUGUUUCUGACCAAUCCACCCUCCAAUCAUGUCAGAGCGAUUUCGGAGCUGUCCCAGUUGACGUGCUCCUCACGGCGACAUAUCAGGUUUCCCUUCAUGGUUUCGCCGACACUCGCACUGAUGAUUUCCCUGAGGGGAUUCCUCGUGAAACUGUUCCGCAGUUUUUGGAUGAUGCUGUCAGCAUCGCUCAGCGUGCUGUGGGGGAUAAGGGUUGUGUCGCUCUGAGCAUUGGACCUUAUGGAGCUUGCAUGAUUCCAGGUCAGGAGUAUAGCGGGAAAUACGAUGCUGAGCACGACUCCCUGGCUGAUUUGGAGGCAUGGCACCGUGAGCGCUUGGGGGUCUUCGCUGAGGUUUCUGAUAUACAGAAGCGAGUAGGCUAUGUUGCCCUUGAGACUAUUCCCCGCGUUGACGAGAUCAUCGCCAUGCGCAAAGCUCUCGCCGCCACACCAACACUAUCUGAUCUCCCUUACUGGACAGCAUGUCUAUCACCUGAGAAAGACCUCAAAAUGCCAGACGGCAACUCCAUCGAAGCCGCCGUGGAGGCCAUGCUGGAUCCUGAAGUAUCAACUAAGUUGCCAUGGGGUAUCGGUAUCAACUGCACCAAGGUCGACAAGCUUGACCAGCUACUCCAAAUCUUCGAACGCACUGUAGCCGGUAUGGUCGAGAAGGGCAAGAUUACUGAGUGGCCCGCACUGGUGCUGUAUCCUGAUGGUACAAAUGGAGAGGUUUACAACACAACAACACAAAAGUGGGAGAUGCCAGACGGUAUUGAGACUCAUAGGCGCUCAUCUUGGGAACACCAACUCGAAACAGUCGUGAAGGCUACGGAGGAUAGAGGGAAUUGGCCUGCCAUCUUGGUCGGUGGAUGCUGUAGGGCUGGAAGCGAAGAUAUCAAGAAACUUCGCGAUUGUCUCGUGAAAUAG